AUGAAUGCAAAAUCUCUUCCUGUCAAUCGUGGAACUGUUGCAGCUUUUGCAAAAGUAGUCGCACGCAGAAAGUACCGCAUGCAUGAAUUGCCAAAGAGUAAGCAAAUCCAUUUCUCAGAUGGAUGGCUAACCGAUGUUUUCAAGAGAAUUGGUGUCAAGUCAAGACAGUUAUAUGGUGAAAAAAGCUCAAUCGACUUAACAUCAUCUAAUAUUGUCGAAGAACUCAGAAAGAUUGAAGAAUUGUUGGAGCCAUAUGAUCCCAAAGACGUUCUCAACUUUGAUGAAACUGGCUUAUACUACGAGCAACAAACAACUCGCACCAUUUGUCAGGAACCUUUAGGCGGAUCAAAGAAAAGCAAGAACAGAUUCACAGUUGGACUAAUCACCAACUAUGAUGGAUCCUAUAAAGGGCGCCCCAUCUACAUCAAACAUUUGAAUGCGUCUUUCGUUUACACCGGAAGAAAAGUUGCUCUCUUGGUGGACAAUGCAUCAGUGCAUAAAUUGAAAGAAGAACUCAGCAACAUUAAAUUGAUUUUCCUUCCGGCAAACACAACAAGCAAGUUGAAGCCUUUGGAUGCCGGAAUCAUUGCGAACUUCAAGGCUCAGUUUCGCUGGCAGCAAUACUACAGGGCAGUGAACAAGUAUCUCGCCGGGCCUCAAACAAUCCAAAAUUGCUGGGAUCAUACGAAAAUCCUUGAUUUCAAGUUUGCUCAGAGACAGACAGUCGACUCGGAGGAUGAUGUACUUCCAUCUUUCGAGCUACCUUUAGACGAUGAUCUAGUCAGUCAGUUGAACGAAAUCAUCCCUGAACUUCCUGGAAACAGUAGUAAUGAUGGGGUUCAAAUGGUAGCUGAAGUAAACGACUUGGAUCUAAAUGCAGAUGAGUCUGAUGCAAUCGUUUUUAAUCCCGUGGUUGUUAAAUUUGAGGAUGGCGAUGAUGUUUCCCAGGGAUCACAAGAGCUCGAGGUAGAGGAAGAACCAGUAGAGAUUUACGAUGUUGAUACGAAGGAGAUAAGGGAGAAGUUGAAGCAUGCGUAUGAAACUAUCUUGUACCAUACCAUCCCAAUGGAUGAAAAAGAAAAGUUCAUGCUGAAAACUAUCCAUAGGAAUCUGAACGAUAUCAGAUCGGAGGAAGUAGCAGAGAAAAACCGAACAGAUUUACGUGAUUAUUUUGUUUAA